CUGAAUGUACGUAAUUAACUUAACCGCGCUCGACCGGCCGAAGUCAUCGGGACUCGGGGAAAGACUUUACCGCCGCUGCCGCCACAACCGCUUCCCUGUCCGCCCGGUUUCAAAACGGAUAUCUCCACAAAAAAAUGACAUAGAAGUCUCCUCGCGGAUUUUUUUUACCGGACUUUAUCGGCCGCAGCGUUUCGGCUGUGACUUCACGUUAGUUCCCUCCCCCGCCGGUGUUCACGCCGUUCGUUACCCGGCUGCUGGCCACUAGCGUCGGUUACCGCUGCUAAACAUGGUGGCCUGUCGGCGAGAAGAAGAACCGAGUCCACUUCGGGCAAUUUAGAGGGUUUUUUUAAGCCACUUGGACGGCUCUCGUUGUGGAGCCCCCGCCGCUCCGGACACGUUACUGCCCCCCCCCCCCUCUUUUUUUUCAACCUUUUGUUUUUGUUUCUCCGGGAGGUUAAUGGACUUCGACGUAAGGCUGUUCUUUCGCUGUUUACGUUGAGAACCGGGCAGCAGCGGAACCAGCACCGACCGAGGACCGUUCUACUUCGCUUACCCCCCCCCCCCCCCCCCCAAAAAAAGUCAAAGUUUUAUGCUCCAUUUGAGAUUUAAAAAAAAAAAGUUGGACUAACAUUCACUCACUCGGUGUGAGAACAAGUUGCCUAGCAACACGGGGCGGCUUUUAUGACCGUUGUGUUCCUAUUAACGCGCGACUACACAUACAAACACUUAACUGCUGCAACUAUCUGAUCUUUUUUUUCACACUUUGAGGUUUGAUUCCUUGUUUAAUCUGUGGAUUAUUAUGGAUUAUUUAAAUGGCCUAAUCCAAACCGCAUCAGACCGGGGGUUUGGGGAAUAGCUGCCGACACUGUUGAUGAUGACAGAGAAAAGCGAUGGUUUCCCUUCGUUAUGAUUUUGAGUAGAGAGGAGUUAAUUACAUGGAGACUCGCCUGACAUGCCAAGGAAGGAGUUGCCACUACCUGAGGGUUGGGAGGAAGCCAGAGACUUUGAUGGCAAAGUCUACUACGUUGACCACAUCAACCAGUGCACGAGCUGGAUCGACCCGAGAGACAGGCACACGAAGCCUCUGACGUUCGCCGACUGCAUCGGGGACGAGCUGCCGGUCGGCUGGGAGGAGGCGUACGACCCGGCCGUCGGAGCGUACUAUGUCGACCACAACACCAAGAGCACCCAGCUGGAGGACCCGCGGGCCCAGUGGCAGCGGGAGCAGGAGUUCAUGCUGCGCGACUACCUGGCCGUGGCCAGCGACGCGCUCAGCGCCCAGAAGGAGAUCUACCAGGUGAAGGAGCAGCGUCUCCGCCUGGCGCAGCAGGAGUACCUGCAGCUCAACGACGCCUGGAGGGACAAGUCCACGUCUCAGACCAGCUUGAAUUCCAGAUCAUCAUCCUCCAGCAAGUACGACCCGGACAUCCUAAAAGCAGAAAUCUACACAGCCAAAAGCCGGGUGAACAAGCUGAAGCGGGACCUGGCCUGUAUGAAACAGGAGCUGCAGUUCAAAGAACAAGGCUUCGAGACCCUCAAAGAGAUUGACCUGAAGGUGUCCAACAGCCCUUAUGGCUACAAGCUGCAGGAGGCGCAGACCAUCCUCAGCGAGGUCCGCUCCAUCCGGGACGCCAUCAGCACCGGGGAGAAGGAGAAACAGGAACUCAUGCAGAAACUGGCGGUGCUGAAGGACAGCUUCCAGCUGGACUCGGGCUCGCAGCAGGAGCUGUGGGGCAGCAGUCCGUCGCUCGCCAACUCCGAGCCGUCCAUCCCGCCGCUUUACUUCGACGCCGGCUCGCAGACCGACAUCCCCGCAGAGUUCAUGACGAGCACCAACAAACUGGCCGAGAAGGUUCGCCUGAGUCUGAAGUACGAGGAGGCCAAGAGAAGGAUCGCCACCAUCGAGGUUCAGAUCGCCAAACUGGACAGCGAGGCGUGGCCGGGCCUGCUGGACCCGGAGCGAGACCGGCUCAUCCUCAUCAACGAGAAGGAGGAGCUGCUGAAGGAGCUGCAGUACGUCAGCCCCCGCCAGCGGCUGCAGCCCAACGACGCUGAGAGGCUGGACGCCGAGAAGAAGCGCCUGGAGAAAGACCUGCAGGCCGCCAGGGACAACCAGAGCAAGGCCCUGACCGAGAGACUUCUUCUCCACUGCAAGAGGAACAAGCUGGUCAGAGAGCUGGAGGAGAUGGUUCGACUGGCCUCAUCACUACAUACUCAACUCAAAAGCCUGUCGGCCAGCACUCUCUCCUGUUCCUCCGGCAGCAGUCGAGGCUCCCUGACCUCCAGCCGCGGCUCGCUGGCCACCACCUCCAGCCUGGGCUCCACCUCCUCCCUCAGCUUCACCGACAUCUACCUGGAGCAGCCGGAGCUGGCCGACCCGGACUUCCAGAACAAGCUGGACAGCCUCCUGCAGGAGGGCGGCCAAGGGGGCUACCGCCCCUCCAGCUCCAUCACCACCAUCCAUGAACACGAAGUGGUGACGGGCUCCGGCGACAGGCCCCAAGGGCAAGCCGGCGGGGACGCGGCGUGCCCCGCCGGAGGAGGUGCAGGAGGAGGAGGAGGCGGUGUCGGGGGGGAGCCGGGCUCGUCCAGGACGCAGGUGCUCAGGCUGCCGGAAACCCCCCGCUCCAUGAGCUCGUUAUCGCCCCGCUCGUCCCUCUCCUCGCUGUCUCCGCCGUGCUCGCCGCUCGUCACGGACGCCAGCUUCCUGUCCGGAGAGACGUUCACGGACCCGACGGGCCCCGGCGGGCUGAGCAUGGACAUCGAGCUCCACAGCAGGCUGGCGGAACUGGAGCUCAGCCUGGACUCUCAGGAGCAGCGCGGGGGUCCCGGGACCCUGCAGGAGAAGCAGAAUCACCACAGUGCACCCGGCGAGGAGGUCAAAGACUCGGCUCCCCAACUGCGAGGGACUGGGGCGGGGCCAAAGAAGAUGGGCGUGACCUCGGCUGUGUCUGACGAGUCGGUGGCUGGCGACAGCGGUGUGUACGAGCCUUCGGAGCGCAGGCCGGGCCUCCCUGCCGACCUCGUCCCGAGCUCCUUUGAGGAGAGGCCGCCCAACUGCUGCUCUCAAGUGCAGCUCGGGUUCCGGUACGAGUCCAGGGACCAGCGCUUCACCCUCUACGUCAUGCAGCUCUCCAACUGCAGCGCCCUCUGUCUGCCGGCCGAGCGGAAAGUGUAUGUGCGUUCUGCCGUGCUGCCCUGCGUGGAAACCGGCCGCUGCCUCUUCCGAACACGCGGCUCUCUGCCUCAGGAUGUCGUGGAGGUCAACGAGGUGUUCAGCAUGCAGAUAUCCCACAGUGCAUUGCGGCAGAAGACGCUGAGGGUCGACGUCUGCAACACCAGCAAGUCGGGCCAUGAAGGGUGUCUAGCCGGGGCCCAGAUCAGCCUGGCUGACGUCAGCUGCUCAGAGGAGAGAUGCACCAAGUGGUACAAUCUGCUGAGUCGGGCCUACACGCGCGACACCACCAAGGACAAAGAGGGCAGCGCGGUGGGCGGCUCUGACGGGACUCGUGUUUCCGGCAGCGACCGAGUCGGAGCUCCAGAGGUCCACGAGUGGCACGGCGACCCUCUGGACAUGUUUAAAGACGAGGAAGGAAACGGCGUGGAGGAAGCGGGACUUUUGGAGGAAGAGGACGGGUUUUAUCCUGACAGCAGCCAAUGGGAAACGGAGGAGAAAGAGGAGGAGGAGGAGGAGGAGGAGGAGAAGAGGAAGGUGACCAAACCGCCAACAGCAGCACCCAUCACAGAAAAGGUGAACAAGGAGACGAGCAUGGACAACUCGUUGCCGUCCUACCACUCGGUGGUUCGACCCAAGGACCGCCGGCCGGACGUCCACCAGCAGAACCCCUUCAUGAGGGGCAACACCAUCAUCCGCUCCAAGACCUUCUCGCCUGGACCUCAGAGCCAGUACAUCUGCAGGAUUAACCGCAGCGACAGCGACAGCUCCACCCUCUCCAAGAAGUCUCCGUUUGUCCGGAACGCUUCGGAGAGACGCAGCAUGCGCAUGAAGAAGCCUCCCAUGCAGGUCAAAGGCCUGGACGGCCUCCUGCGGACCUCCAUGGACCUGGAGAUGGACCUCCAGGUGUCCCGGACGCGGCAGACCCGUCUAUCGCAGGAGCUGCGGGUGCUGCGGGAGCUGAAGUCGCAGCUGGAGAAGGCGAGGCAGCAGGGCCAGAGGGAGCUGCCGGCCUGGGUCCAGGAAGACGAGCGCUUCCGCCUCCUGCUCAAGCAGGCCGAGAAACAGACUCGUGAGGAGCAGCUGCAGGAGAAGCGGGUGGAGAAGAUGAUGAGGGCAGCGGCCAAGGACGUCCACAAGAUCAGGGGCCGCAGCCGCAAAGAGGUCCCCGAGGUCCAGACCUUCAGAGAGAAGAUGGCCUUCUUCACACGAGCAAAGAGCAGCAUCCCCGACCUGCCGGCUGACGACGUGUAGAGAAGCAUUUCAAAGUAUUCCCCCCCCCCCCCUCCAGUCUGUACCUGCUGUUUCCACUCACAUGAAGCACAUGUUUGGCGGUGUUAUGAAGAAUUUAAAAAAAAAGAGAAAACGUUGAGUAGAGAAAGCACUCGAAGGGUGUUUUUAGAAGCUCAGUGUUUCUGAUGGGGAUAGUCUUUGUUUGUAAAUUAGUGAUAGCACUGCUAGAGCUUCCUUUUUGUUUUCUUUUUUUUUCUUAUUGUUGUUAUUAUUAUUAUUAUUUCAGUCUCUCUUCCACUGUCUGUAGCAUCAUGUCUCCGUUACUAACAGGCUGUUUAUAGGUUCUUCGGUGUGUCAAAUCAUUCCAGCAAAAAGUCACCAGGACACACUCAUACAGUUCUUUACUAAAGCGACACAUUUGGACAAAAAAAUAUACACAACAACGGUACUGAAACAAAACAAGCAGCGUAAGCUGAUGAUAGCACAAAAAAAUAAAGAGACUUUUACUGGUGUUGUGUGGAUAACACAAGCACACCUGAAGUUUGUCUGAUGGGUACAAUAAUGACGCCUCAGUUUAUCCUCCUCAUCAUCAGCAUGACUUCCUUUGGUUUGAUGAUAGAGGUGAGAUUCAUCUAAAAAACAGAAAAGUCAUUGAUUGUCUCCCAAACACACACACACACACACACACACACAGCCAAGUGUAGUAAUGACGCUCUCUCACUAACACUCAGGUAGAUGAUCGGAUAGUCUGCACUUUAUUUAACUUGAGAUAAAAGUUUUAAAAAGGAGAAAAAAAACAUGAAAAAGACACUUGAUUUGGGUUUUGGGGAAAAUUCAAAAGGAAAUCCCCAAUGCCUUUGCCUGGAAUGCGCUGGAAUGAUUGUUGAUUGUCAAACCACACAGAGAUCAUUGAAGCACACACACACACACACAGGAAGUGACGAUCAAGCGUAUUUUUAAUGACUGUGAACUCAAACCGGCGUUUUGAUGUCUCCCCCCCCCCCCCCCCCCCUGUUUCCGCUCUGAACUGGACGUUUCGGACACAUGUCUGAGAUGCAUGUGUCUCAUGUCUCUGUGAUAGGAGCAUGGUGCCCCAGCAAGACUGAAAACACCAGCCAUGACUUUACGUUGAUUGCCUGCGUCCCCCCCCCCCCCCCCACGCCCUGAUCCACAAUUAAUCACAAGUAUAAUAACCUCUAAUAAUAAUUCAACACUCUCCUGGUACACUGGCUGUAAAUCAGUAAUUCACUGUGUUCAGAGUGAGUCCCAUUCAGCCCAGUCAAGGCUUCCCCGGACCUCUGACGUUGUUUCCGUGGCAACCAGAGUUCUGAAUCCGCAGCCGGCCUCGACUCUGGCACGUCUCUUGUUUACUGACUCUUUGUGUUCGUACCUGGAUGUUGAGCAGCUGUCGUACAACUCGUCCUCCUUCUGUUUCUAAUCCUCCGUUAAUAUUCGUAACGGUUUUUUUUUUGUUGUUGCCUCGAGUCGCCCUUUGGCUCUCGCAUCAGAGAAGAUACGCAAAGGGCAAAUUAAACAAGUAGGAAAUAGACCAGAAUGCAUUGCAACAAGACAACGGGGACUGGAAACAC